CACACACAUACUCUCCCCUCCAUGCUCCAUAAACUCCAGGCCACACUAUAGACCAUCUGCAGUUCCUUAUAGAAGACACACAGCUGCUGAUGGGACGUACGUUACACAGGAGAUUCUUAUGACUGUGAAUUCAUAAACAUCAGGCAACCUACAGAAGUUUUUCUGAGAAGGUUCAUCCUGAAGAUGGGGCUGUCUGUGUUCAGAGUGGCAUUUGAAUUGUGGAUUGCGGAAUAAAUAUUACAUUUUCUGCAGUCAUAGGUCUUUGGCUCUACCCCCUUUGCACCAGAAGGUCUCUGGCUUUAGCCCCACUGAGCCAACCACCCUUAAGGGCAGAAGUAGAGGAGAUUACAUCACACUGGUGUAAAGUCAAAGAGAGUAAGCUGAUACUACAAUAGUGGGAGACGCCUCUGAAGAAGCCUUUGUGCUACAGUUGAUCCUUACCUGAGUUCCUGAGCCUCAAUGGACCAACAAGCACAUCCAUCAUCUUGGCUAGAGGUUGAUGUGGACUUGGGCUUUGCCCUCUUCUUUCUACUCCUGCUCUGCCUCUUCUUGUUUGUCACAAUUGUCCGCUGCGCCCAAACGGUGAUCGAUCCUUAUGGAGCCAUCUCCACCUCCACCUAUCAGGAGGAGCAGAUCAAUAACUGACGGUUGCUUUGGCCAAUCCCGCGCAGUGAUUACACUGCAGGGAUUAGGCCUGGACUUCUGUGAGGACAGUAGCUAUAGAUGUGGAGGGACCUGGUUCAUGGAGAUAAUAGGGACUGUGCUGGGAAACAAGCUUUGUAUGACUAUAUGUCAAGGCCAAUUUAUGAAUAUGGAGUAUGACUUUGGAGUAUUUUUGUACAGGCACCAACAUAUCCGAUUAUUGCCACUGUUUGUGUGUCACAAUGAUAUUUGUAUGUUUGAAUUCUUAAUGCUACCAUUGU